GACCCGUUGUAUUUGGUCCCCCAGGUUGAGACGAUAGCCGAUGCCUACAUGGUGGUGAGUGGGCUGCCUGAGAGGAAUGGGGACAAGCAUGCUGACGAGAUAGCCAAGAUGUCGCUGGACCUGGUGGCGGCCGUCAGACAGGUGGCCAUACCCCACAUGCCCAACAAGAGACUGCAGCUCCUCGCAGGCAUACACACAGGUGACAAAACACACAGACACACAUACCCAUGUUCAAAUCAUAUCACAAAAUGGUUUUAGGUGCUGAAAAAGUACCUGAUAAUCUCACCUAACAGGCAGAUGUUUUGAGACGUACAGUAUGUGUAUGCAAGCAAUAUUGAAUUCAAUUCAAAUAACUUUUAUUUCCUAAGAGGGAACUUCAUGUGUGGUAAUAUAUAUUGCAUAUGUAUUGCUGUGGUAGGUUUGAUAUAAGUCUAUAACCUGAUUGCCUCCUUAUAAACUGGGAUUAUUGUAUGGAGUUAUUACCAAUGUAAAUAUCAGUGAGUAAAAUAUGGUGUAGCAGGCUUGUCUUUCUCUUCAUUUUUUCUCUUUGCUCCAGGUCCAUGUGUGGCAGGUAUUGUCGGCUACAAGAUGCCCAGAUACUGCCUGUUUGGAGAUACUGUCAACACAGCCUCCAGAAUGGAGUCCACCAGCCUGCGUGGGUGUACGCACACACACACAUACAGUAUGCAGGCACCUGUUCUCAAUGCUGUGUGUGUGUGUGUGUGUGUGUGUGUUUGUUUGUUUGUAGGCCUAUGUAGCCAAAUUGUAUCUAUGAUCAUAUGCUAUCCAUUCAUGUGUUUUAUAUGUUCUAUUUAUAUCUGUAAAUUAACCAAUGAUAUCAAGCAACACCCAGCCAUGAUUACAGACACCUGUGUGUGUGUCCUUUGAAACUAUAUAAACUAGUGUCCCGCAGUGUUUGUCAUUAUACCCUGAUGAAGACAGCUUGUCUGUCGAAACGUUGGUUAUUAGGUUAUUACAUUAUUGCAUCUGAGCUCCUAGAGUGUGCGGCUCUCUGAGCUCCUAGAGUGUGCGGCUCUCUUUUUAUUUUUCGUGUGUGUGUGUGUGUGUCAGCUCAGACGAUCCAUGCCAGCUCAGCCACCUACCUGGCCCUGAUGAAGGACGGUGCCUACGAGCUCCAGCUGAGAGGAGAGACUGAGGUGAAGGUGAGACUGUUUGGGAAUACAGCACACCCCAGAAUUAUCAAGUUUCCUUGGGAAAACAAAAUUAUUCUAUUAUUUUUAAAUAUAUAUUGCUAUUUGAAGAAAUGUCUAGUUUCAGCCACUAAAAUACCAUUAUUACUCUAAGCAAAUCAUUGGCUAUUCAUAUCCUCUAUAUACUGUCUCCAGCGAAGUGGAGUGCAGAAGCUCACAUUAUGACUGUUGAAUGACUAAGUUACAGUUCGACAGCAUGACCAUCACCUUAUUUAUUUGAUCUAGUGAACAUUAUAACAUCAUUACAAUACUUAGUAGGUCAACUGUCCUCACACUGACAUAGAGGGGAGAAGUACUGUGUAAUGAACUGUCAAUAGACCCUGUCGAUUUUCCCAGAGUGCCAGUGAAGUGUAUAAUUAUUUGGGACCCAUCCAAACUCUCUAGCUAAUUAACUUACAAGUCAAAAGUCAUCAGAUGACUUCUAAUUAGUGUGUGAGAGAUUUCUGUUUUCUAAUCCUUAGUGUGAUUUGUCUUUGAGCUAUUAUAAAAUAAAACAGAAUUUCCCCUCUCAGGGUAAAGGGAAAAUGAACACAUAUUGGCUGAUCGGACACAAGAACUACAGUGUUCAGAAUGACAGCCUGGUGUGUCACUGGAACCCCAAUCUAGCCCGCAAGAAGUAUACACUGGUGGGGAGCGACAUUUCUAUGGCGAAUGUGAGUGUAUUUACGAAGGAAUACAAUAAAAUACAAGUUAAAACUCCCUAGAAUCUAUCAUCAAUCCCCAUCAAAAUCUGUCAGUUUAAGCUAGAGAUAUCUGGGCUAUGUGGGCAUGGGCUGCAUCUCAAUCCACCACAUCAGCCUAUGUCGGGCGUUCCGCAUCAGCGGUGGAAGGUGGCCGAGCUACAGCAGUGUUUGUCAGACCAUGAGACAUCCUGAAAAUCGGCCUUCUCACUGAAACGUUGUUUUGGCCUACAAACUAAUAUGACCACUCUUUUCUUUGGAAAGAUGACACUCUCAUGAACACCAUGGUGGUCUCCGCUUCUUUCAUCUUAAGGUAACCAGUACCGGUUGAAAAAAUGAAUGGACGUAUGGAGGUAGUUUUGUGCCUACCCAAAAAAAAGGGGUUAAAUAUGUGUAAAUAUAUAUAUAUAUAUAUAUUUCCUGAGCUUUCUUAUAUCUCCUAGAUAUAGGACAGACACUUCAAAACCUUGUUCCUUAUGCUUUUUUUGCCAUUUAUGAAUGUGUUAUUCAAUGCGUUGUAAAGGUCAAAUUCAAUAUUUUAUGAAAACAUAUUUUAUAUAUUUUUUUAUAUCGAAAGGGGUCCUAAAAUUCAAAAUCAAAUAGCAAAAUGACCCCCCUGCUCCAACAGGGUUAACCAUCUUGGGGGAGAUCAUAACUAGGAAAAUGUCCUUACAAUAUUACACCUGUAGAUUAUGGACCAAAAAUCUGAAUGCCCAACUAUCUCUCACCUUUUCCCUCCCAUUUUUCUUUCUCUCCAACCCUGUCAUUCUCCCUCUGCCUCCAUCUCCUCUCCCACUCUCUCUCCCUCCCUCCCCAUCUCCUCUCGUCCUCCUCCCUCCCUACCCUCUCUCCUACCCCUCCCUCCUCCUCCACUCCCCACCUCUCAGUCCUGUGUGACAGUGCAGAGUCUCAGUGAGAACACCUCCACUCCCGUGCCCCAGGGCUCCGAGAUCCAGCAUGGGGCCCUGUGUGUGUCCGUGUCGGCCCAGGUGGAGCACUGCCUGGGAAGCUUUGGCACCCUGGGCUCCAUGAUCGGGGGCCUCCAGGGACUAGAGAGCCCCAGGGAGGAGAAGGCCCACGGGGGGACGGGAGGAGACAAACCGGACCUGCUGCCUGGAUCUGUAUCCAUCCUUCAUAUGUGA